UACUUUCUGGUAUAAAGCACGUCAGCCAACCUGACAUUUGUUUUUUUUCCACUUUCACUGUACAAUUUUAGCAGGAUUAGCAGCAUGCACUGGGACAAAUCUACACCGUCAACUGUGACCAGGCCCAGACCUUACCAAGGUGUCCGGGUCAGAGAUCCAGUUAAGGAGCUGCUGAGGAGGAAGAGGAGUCGGGAGCCAAACGGUGUCAAAACAGUGUCUUCUGCCUCGGUUCUGGAUGAAGUCGCACGCAACAAUCAUUCCAUGUCCACGCAAGGCGUUCCGUGCUCCGAUGCCGCCACAGGCACCGCGGCUGAGACUUUAGUCACAACCGGAGAUGGAUUGUUGCAGUGCUCCGGAUGGAAAACUCCAUCCUCGUCCGCAUGUGCCGCCAUGAUGCCGUGGUCUUCAUCUGAGUACAGACAGCAAGAAUCCUGCGCUCAGAGUCUAGCCUACCCUGCCAGCACCCUAACCACCGACUUGUACAUGCAGACUCUGUGCCCCAGCUACACCAUGCUGACCUACACGCAUACGCCGCUGCUGACAAACUUUGGAACUUUACCCAUGGCCCCGGCUCCUGCCUCACUCCCUCAGAUGGAGCUCCCAGACUCAGGGUUGACCUACGUCCCAUGGGCUCAGCCCAUCACUGCCAUCUCUGCUGUGCCCAACCCGGGCGUCCAGUUCUCUCCUGGCCCGUCAGGCCUGUCCACUCAACCACUUGUGCAGAUGCCCUUGUCCUUAUCUCUGACCCCAGUGAUCCCAGGGCUGGAAGACCAUGGUGCUGACCCUCAGGCACAGAACCUUGACCUUGAAGAAGCAGGAGUUGAGCCAAACUCACCAAACUUCUUGGACAAACUUCUGGAGAACCACAAAGAGGAUGGAGAAGAGGAGAACAAAGAAUCGUACGGCAGCUCACUCUUUAUAGCAAAUGUUUAAGAAAACAAAAAUACUUGUUUUUAAUAUGAGCAGUAUUUGAACCUUAUUAUUUGCUCCGGGUUCUUUAAUGUAUAUAUCUGAGAGUGCAUGUUUUGAUGUUUGAGUUGUAGGGUGAGGUGAUUUAUAAGACACGUGUUUAGGGCUGCUCGAUGUGUCACCUCACAGAAGUACAGUGAUUCUGCUCCUAUCACAGUAGUUGAGUUCAAGUAGAGGCGAGAAAUUAUAUUAUUUACGUAUAUAUUGACCCUUCAUGAACCUCCCCCUCCACACUGUUAUCAACCAUUCCUAGACUGUAUUACCCUUUCCCACACAAUUAUAUGCACAGUAGAGUUAUAUAAGGUAUAAUGGCGACGCAGAGCGAAGUGAACGAGAGUGGCCGACAAACAAGGGGAGAUGCUACGAUGCAUUAGCCAAUCAGCGUGAGGAACAGAAGCGCAUGCUCAAUUAGCCAGUAGUACACCAAGUUUGCAUUGUAUUAGCCAAUAGUAUGCUGUCUCCUUUCACUAAAAAUUAGGCUACUUUUAAGUUGCUGUGUAACAGUAUGAGGUUAAUUCUCUAAACCUGAAUCUCAUUUAGAGCAAAACAGAAGAUAAAGCACAACACAACAGUGCAACUUAUUUAUCAGACAUGAGUGACAUAAAAAAAUGUUUGUUUUUUUUCAAGUUCAGUCAAAAAUGUUUUCUGCUCUCACUGCAAACAGGGUCAGACAAUGCAGAACUCCUUUUUAUAAACUCAGUUUUUUCUCUCUUUACACAGUGUCAUGUUUCUUCAUGGUGACUGAAAGUCAUUUAUGUUUAAACAUGACUUUGCCAUCCUGACCUCUGGUUUCCUCUAUUUAUAAGGUAUUAUGUGAAAACUGUUUACUUUUUCCUAUCAUCCUGAGACGCUGUAUAUGAGAGGCUCUUACUGUUCUACUCUGAGGACCUGCUGACAUCAGUGCUGCCUUCACAGGCCCAUCAUUAGUGUCUGUCAUUUGACGUGGAGCAGAUAUCGUAGCUGCUGCAGAGGACCCUUCCUCUCCUCCCUCUCUCGCUUUCUCUCUGCCAAAUAAAAGACCUUUUCUAAUUUUCUUUCGAAAUAAUUGUGGACACUUACUGAAAACCGGUGCCUGGAUGGACCCACAGGCAGAUCACCGUUGUAUUGAUAAUAAGUAUUGAUAUAACGCUGGAAAAAUUAUGAAAACUUGCAUAAAGUGCUGUUCUUCAGCAACCUAUAAUAUCGGUUCCCCCUUUUUGUUAAUUGGACUGCUGUUGUUUGGACUUAGACUGAGGAGUUUCUUCAAGUCUCGGUGUCUGAAGGGAUUUCACCCCAAGGGGAAACUGACAUUUUUGAAGGGGCAACAACAACUCAUCUGCCAAAUUCCAGGAAUGUUGAGAUCAUAUCACUCCUUGCACUUAAUGGAGGACUGUAGAACAAACACAGGACAGCUUUUCGGUCUAUAGCAGGUGUGUAUCCAUUACAGCAUACAUGUAUCAGAUUUAGGUCUGAUACAUAUUUAGGUCUGAUGAGAGUCGGGUUCAUUGAAAAAGGCAUGCUGAUAUUGUCACAUGCAACUGAAUCAUUUUAAAAGUGCAAAAACAUUUUUGGCAAAGUCCAAAAAUGUUGCGCAAAGACAUGUCCGUGCAGCACAUGAUGAUAACAUGCAGAGACAAGACAGCCCGAGCCUCCACAAGUCCAGGAAACACGGCUUCAUAAAUUCUAUACCCCGAAGAGGCCUAAAAAAAAAACACACAUGGAGUCAAGAUGAAUAGUUAAAAAUAAUAACAAUUGUUAUUGAGCCCACAAUUGAGAUAUCUCAUGUCAACAACAAAUCGUUAUCGGUUUUAGCUCCGAUAAUGAAAACCCGAUAACGCCAGAUGACGUAACCUAAAAAUAGUUAUGACACAGCACACCACUGUACACAGUGAAAUGAGCCCUCAGCUUUUAACCCAAACUGCUAAAUAUAUCGGUAUCAGUUGAUAUCAGAAUCGGAAAUUAAUUGAUUUGACAAUAAUUGGACACUGUAACUAACUGUGUUUUUUCCAUCAGGCACAAUAAAGUAUUAAAAGAA